AUGAAGUUCUCAUCAGCACUUGCAUUGGGCGCUGCCCCCCUGGCUCUUGCGAAGGCCGCCCACAAUGUCUACCCGGUCAAGCGCAGCAGCGACGGCAUCAUGGCGAACUCGGUUCAGAUCAGCUCCAACCCCAACGCUCUCGAGCAGCUCCUCGGCCUCGGAAUGUCUGGUGUUGGUUUGACAAAGGAGAAGGGCACUGCUCUCAAGACUGAUAUCAUCGUCAUCUGGCUCAACCAGGGUGGCGGCGCCCCCACGACGCAGAUCAACCGCCAGGAGACCGUGACCGUUACCAAGACCGUCACAGAUGGUACUCCUGGCCCCACUCCCCCGGCUGGCGGCGGCGCUGGAACGGGCACCACCCAUAACGUUACCGUUGGUGGGCCCAAGGGUCUUAUUUUUGAGCCGAAUGAGAUCAAGGCCAAGGUCGGUGAUAUGGUUGUCUUCAAGUUCUUGAGCCAGAACCAUACCGUUACGCAGUCCGCCUUCGACACUCCUUGCGACCCUCUCGCUGGCGGCAUGGACUCUGGUUUCCAGGCCAACCCCAACAACACUAUCAACCCUCCCCCAUUGGUUGCCAUGCAGGUUAUGGUUGAGACCCCGCUGUGGUUCUACUGCCGCGCUGCCCAGGGUGCCCACUGUGGUAAGGGCAUGGUCUUCUCCAUCAAUCCCACCGCCGAGAAGACGCACUCGCAAUUCGCCUCGAAGGCCAUCGCUUCCAAGGGACUCGGUGGCGGUGGUGCCAUCACGGGCAACCCUACUACUGGUGGUGGUGCCGCUCCUCCUGCAGCCAACCCCGCUGCGCCGGCCACCUCCAGCUCGCUCGCCCCCCUGCCGGCUGCUGGUGGUGCUGCCGCCACACCCGCCACCGGAAACACCUCCGGAAAGCCCACCACUGGACAAGGCAAGCUCCAGCCCGAUGGCUCUUGCCAGUGUGUUGUUACUUGCGCCGCUGGCUCGUUCCCCGCCAUGGGUGUCCAGGGUCUCAACAACUUUGGCGGUAUGGCUGGUUCGAUACCCGCCAACAUGGUUGGUAUGUAA